CAGACAGUUGAGGCGCAGUCUUCUCCAAUAUGGCGGCGCCCAUGGCUCGGUAAUUGCGUGGCUUCCAACUGUUCAUUAUUCCACCGUCUACCGCUCUGCUCCUAUCGAGCCACCGCUCUCCUCUUUUCCGGGACAUCCGCACCCAGCUUGUGCGCUUCUCUGCGGAAGAGGAAGCCGCGCUGAACUACAGGCCGACUGCCACUUACCAAACAACGCGUCGCCAUGGCAACCGGCGGCCCGACUCAUAUUGAGGAGAUAGCAAGAGCUGGCAGUUGAUCGGGGACCUCCUGAUGUCCAGGAUUGUAAGCGGAGGGUCACAAUCUAUGAUUGGCAAACAUCCUGACAAUGAAGAAAAACUCCAGAAUUCCCUUAUUGCCAUUUUCGAGUCCGAAUUUACAAUCUUCAUCUCUAUCAAUGAAACCCCAAAUCCCUGAGUCGUAUCUAAGGACUGGUGUCAUUAGCCGCAGCUGGGACAUGACGGAGGAUAGUGAAAUAUCAGAAUAUGAGAUGCACCAAGGUAAUGAAUCUGGAAUUCGCUACAUCACUGAAAACCUUAUUCGGAAAUUGUCGAAACAGGAAAACUUUUCUUUUGUGACGUCCCUAAAUCUCUCUCUAUCAAAGGAAGGAGGCAAGAAAUUCAAGUAUAUAGAAAAUCUGGAGAAAUGUGAGAAGCUUGAAGUCUUGAAUCUUGGCUAUAAUCUCAUAGAGAAAAUUGAGAAACUGGAGAAACAGAGCCGGCUUCGUGAGCUGAACCUGUCCCAUAACAGAAUCAGUAAAAUUGAAGGAUUGGAGCACAUGCACGGCCUGCAGAAGCUGACCCUGGCUGGGAAUGAGAUUGAACACAUACCUGUCUGGUUUGGAAAGAAGAUGAAAGCACUUAGCACCCUGAAUCUAAAGCAGAAUAAAAUAUUUUCAUUUCAGGACGUCUCUCGCUUGAAGACCUUAAAAGAUUUAACAUCGCUCUUCUUGGCGGAUAAUCCGAUUGCUGAUCUUCCCCAUUAUCGCCUCUACAUAAUUUUCCAUCUGCGCUCCCUGAAUGUCCUGGAUGGUCAGCUAGUCACAAACCAGGAGAGACAAGAAGCACAUGAGCGCUUUAAUAUGGAAGAAGUAGAGAAAUUGGAGAGAGACCUGGAGAAAAAGAUGAAGGAGGUUGAAGAACUGCAGGGCCAGAAGGCUAAUGUGCUUGAUGAGCUCCACCACCAGGAUGAACUUAACAAGUCCCUAAAGCAGGAGGCUCAACAACACAAGAAGGGCUGCAAAGAGUUGGAGCAAGAGAUGGAGACCAAGAAUGAGCUGCUGAAGCAGAAGACCCUGGAGUUAACCCGUGCCUGCCAGAAGCAAUAUGAGCUGGAGCAAGAGCUUGCCUUCUACAAGAUAGAUGCCAAGUUUGAACCGCUAGGAUAUAUGAGAUCAGAGGAAAUGGACGCAGAGGAGACUCCUGGUGAAAGUCCUUACAUUGGAAAAGCCCGCUAUAAGAGGAACCUGUAUGCUCAAGAGAGUUUUAUCCCUGACCGCACACAACACAUGCAAAUGGGAAAGAUUGAGGUGGAUGGAGAUGACCAGAUUAAAAAUCAGCAAAUCCGUGCCCGGAUCCAUACAACACUUGAUGUAGAUCUGAAUGAGAGGGAGAAGAAUAUAGAGACAGCACAAGUAAAGUUGUCCGAACUGCAACAGGAAAUAGUAAAUUCAGAGCAGCAGAUCCUAAAGGCAACUGAAGAACUGAAAGAACUGGAGGAUGCUGUGGCUCAACGGAAGAUCUUGGAGACCGAAAAGGAGAAACUUCGUCAGCAGCUAAGCCGUAAAAUCCAGUUGCUGAAUGAGCUGCGUCAGGAAGCUCAGGAACUGGAGAAGCAGAUGGAUCACCAGCGGAGGGAGAUGGAUAAGAAAUACACAGAGCUGGAAGAACUGCAGAGGCAUCUUGACUCUCUCAGCCCCCAUGAUCCUCGACAUGCCCAUGUGCGGGCCCAGAAGGCCAGUAAAGAGCAGCAGCUGGAGAUGAUGGACAGACAAUACAAGCAGCUGGAAGGGCGCUUGGAUGAGAUGCUGUCCCGUAUUGCCAGAGAAACCGAGGAGAUUAAAGACUUGGAGCAACAGCUGACAGAAGGCCAGAUAGCAGCAAAUGAGGUCUUGAAGCGAGAUCUUGAGGGGAUCAUCUCUGGAUUACAAGAGUACCUGGAGAGUGUGAAGGGUCAGGCCAAGCAAGCCCAUGAUGAGUGUCGAGAGCUGCAGUCUGAGCGGGAAAUCCUGCUGCAGAGACUGGAAGAGCUGGAGGAAGAGCGGGAGAGGCUGCAGGCAGUGGUAGAGGACACAGAAGAUAUGAAGAAGGAAAUCGAGGAGUUGGAACAAAGUCUGCAAGAACAGCAGGAGCUGAAUGAAUCUCUCUGCCAGGCCCAGGGCGACCUUGGUGCUUAUAAAACUCAGAUGGAGGAGCAGCUCAGAUCACGAGAUGCCGACAUCAGACAACUGAAGCAGGAGCUAGAAAGGCAAAAGCUGCAAGGACAUGUGGAGAGUUCUGCGCUGAAAGUUGAGAUGGAGAGAGACAGGCAUGCACUAGAGAAUGCGCUGACUAAGGCUCAAAUGUUGGAGGAGAGGGACAAAGACAGCAAACAGCUUUCGUAUCAGCUUCAGCAGCUACAGAGAGAAAAUGAAUCGCUGAAGAAGCAGCUGAAGAAGGCACAGGGUGAGCUGAAUGAUGCCCUGCAGAACAUGGUACAUCCUGAACAGAUCACUAACCGGGUGUCGGAACUAAAGAGAAAGCUACAUACUGGAGUGGGAGAAGUCAGGUCUUCUGGUCCCUCAGACGUUCUUGGUCAGAAUCUUGCUGAACUGCAGCGGCAGAUAAAUGAAGUUCUGGGGAAGGCGGAGGAGGAGAAACUAGAAGCAGAGGAGAGGCAGAGAAAGUUACAGGAGGAAAUGGCAGCCCUGCAGGAUAGAGCCAAAGAGGCUCCUGGAGAAUAUAAGAGAGCUUGCAACAAAGCUGCAGAAGCCAGGAUCCAGCAGGAGAAAAAGCAGUGCGAGGCCAGAGUGCAGCAACUGGAGAGAGAAGUAAAUCGAUUGAAUGGCAAGCUGAAGACAAUGGAGGAUAUUCAAGGUCUGGCUGACCAGCAGCUGGUGGAAGCAGAUGAAGAGCGUGAGAAACUGCUCACAGCACUGCAUGAUCUGGAGAGUGAGAGGGGAUUGGAGGAUGCCAAGGCACAGAAACACCUCUCCGGACUUGAAAAUGAACUCCGGGAGUUGAAGAAGGCUGUGACUAUGUCAGACAAAUUGGCCACCUCAGAGCUGACUGAUGCCAAAGACCAGCUGAGGUCUCUCCAUGGCACAGUACUUCAAAUCAACCGAGAGCGUUCUGAGGGAAUGCGGGAAGCAGACAACUUCUGCUCCCAGACAGCUCAAGCGGCUAGAGAUCUGGCUAAAGCUGAGGCGGAAAUUGAUCUUCUGCAAGAAUUGCUUCAAGAUAAGGAGAGACAGCUCCGGGAAGAAAUGCAGAAUACAAAUGCUGGAGCCAACAUCUCCAACUCCCAGCAAUUGGAAAUUGACAAACUCAACCAGACUAUGCAGAGGCAGCGAGCUGAGAUAGAGCGCCUCAGACACGUGCUGGAGCAUGUCCGAAGUGAUAACACUGGAGAGAUCAACAAUCUGAUGGAUGAGAUUGAUUCCCUCAGAAAUGCCCUUGGUUAUCAGAAUGAUUAUAUCACCAGCAUGACCGACCCGUUCCGAAGGAGAGGCUACUGGUAUUAUGUGCCAUCGUCUUCCAAUAACUCCGGCCGUGAUUCAAUAAGUACCAAAGACUCUGGUGUCAGUUUACAUUACCCACUGACUUCAUCUCCUGCAAGAUGGAAAGGUGGUCACCACAGACACAGCAAGAAGGAGAAGCGUUUGUCCCAAGCAAAGGGGCAUUGGGUAUACUCACCAUUUCAUCAUAGGCAUCACAGGUGCCACAAAGAUGAUGAGGUUGAUGGAGGCUCACACAGUGAUAGCGAUGCACUACCAUGUCAUUUUGUCCCUCCUCCCGGCUCGGUCAUUUAUACAGUGUUUCCUAAUGGUACGCCAGUCCCCCAAGGAACGGUUAUUUAUGGACCUCCACCUCCAUACACUGGCAGUUCUGUGGCACCUGGGACUGUUAUAUAUGGGCCCCCACCUCCUGGCACUCAGUUUGUUUAUGGUCCUCCUCCUCCACAGUUUACUAUUCCAGUCAUUCCAGCUGGCGUUCUGCACUGCAAUGUGUCUGCACACCACAAUCUGGAAAAUGAAGUUACUCACCUUGAAGAUGUUAUUGAUCAUCUAAAGUCUAGACAUAAAAAAGAAAGUAGGGCAAAAGCACAAUUAAAAGGUGAUGUUGAAGAAUUGGAACGUCGCAGACAAAUGCUAAGAAGAGAGGUUGACGAUUUGCACAAUGCUGCCCAGAAACGUAAGCGCAAGAAAUUCAUGGAGGGAAAUCUGGACCACCUGAUUACAGAGCUGGAGCUGGAGAGAUCAUUGCAGCAUCAUGACAGUAUUGAGGAUGAGAUCGAUUGCAUAGAAAAAACACUUCUGAAGAGAAGGGCAGAGCUCCGAGAGGCUGACCGGUUGCUGGUAGAAGCAGAAAAUGAACUGAAAAACACAGAGGAAAAGACUGCAGAUUUAAAAGAAAAAUACAGUAUAGCCAAGAAGCAUUUAUCCCAAACGGAGAAUGACGCAGAGGAGCUGGAGAGACGGGCAGAGGAAAUGGCUGUGAAUCUUGUAAAAGCUGACCAACAGCUGCGGGCUCUACAAGCAAAUGCCAGAAACUUGGAACAGCACAGAGCAGAGCAGGAAAACAUCCUGCAUGAGAUAAAUAGUGUUGUGUCUGCAAAAGAUGUUGAAUUCCAGUCUCUGAACCACAAGAUCCAAACCAUGGAUGAUAGUCUUCAGAAGUUGCAGGACGACAUCCUGAUAGCGGAGGGGAAGGAAGACCACCAUCUGCAGACGCUGAAGGAAGCUGAAAAUCUCCUUAUGGAGAAGAAGAUGGCUCUGGAGAGACUAAACAAUCAGAUUUUAGCACAGCAGGAGGAGAUUUCAGAAUUGGACCGGCUCUUGGGACAGAAGAAAGAGGAGCUGCAUCUCCUGCAGAACCACACUGAGCUAAAGAAGGCUGAUCUGAGGGAGGUCCUGCGAGAUGGGGAGAUGGAGGCAGCUGAGAGAAGGCAGGAGAUAAAGGAGGUUAAAUCUUUGUUGGAAGAUUUAAGUGUUGAGAAAGGGGAACUGAAUGCGCAGCUGAAUGAGAAAAGACUGCAGAUCUCCAACCUUAAACAAGAAGUGAUGCAGGAAGAGGACAAUCUACAAAAACUCACCUCUCAGGUUCACAAACAGAAAACUGAGUUAAAGCAUGUGCUGGAAAUGCAGCAACUAGAAACGACAGAGCUUCAGGGAUUGAAACUGCAGCAUGACCAUAAAAUUAAUGAUCUGGAGAAGACUCAGUCACUGAUGCUGCAGGGUAAACUGGAACUGGAGAACCUGCAGAGAAUGUUACAGCGCAUACACAGCGAGGCAGACUGGAAGAAGCAGCUUCUAGAAAAAGAUCACCAGGAGAUAGAGCUUCUUAUGACACAGAUGCACACGCUGCAGGAGAAGGUGGAAAUCCUGAGUAAAGAAAAGGAACAGCUGGAGGAGAGCAGAGAUGACCUGGAGCACAAACUGGCUCAUACUAAGAAGGCCCUAGCCAACACAGAAGAAAGUACAAGGACGACGAGCAGCACGCUAGACAAGCUAGAGUCUGAUAUAAAAAGCCUACAGAAUGAGCUCAGUCAGCUGAGCAAGCAGAAACAAUCAUUGAGAAAGGAAACCACAGCCAAUCAACAGACACUGCAAGAGCAAGGGGAGGAGGUGAAGCUGCUGCAGGAUGAGCUGACUGACUUGCGGGAUCAGCUAAGGGUGGUAGAGCAGGAUAUGAGGAACACUACAAAGCAGCGGGAUGACAUGUUGCGUGAGCAGUCCACCCUGAAAGAUGAACUGUUAGAAACCACAAGCCGAUACAGGCUGCUGCAGGAAAAGGAGAGCAGAAAGGAAGAACACCUGAAACAGCAACAACGUGCAAUUGAAGGCAAGGAAGGCGAAAUCAAGCAACAAGAAACUCGUUUAAAGCACAUUAUGAAAGACAUCGAGUACCAAGAAGAACAGCUCAGGGCUUCGGCAGCUAGACUGGAAGAUCAGAAGCAGAAAUAUGAGCAUGAACUAUCAAACCAAGACAACACUCUGGAGAGAAUAAAAUCCAAAGUCCUUGCACUCGAGGAGCAUGCUCAUAAGCUGCAGCAGGAGAAGAGAUGGUGUGGAGAUCUGGAGGAGUCUCUGGCCAAAGCACGCCAUCUCCUGUCAGAACACGAGGUGCAGUUACGGGAUAAAACCAAUGAGAUUUUGGAGCUGAAGAAAGAGGCUGAGUUUUACAGGAAUGAAUUGAGCAAUUUGAGAGAACAGUUGUCAUCUGAGAAGAAGAAUGAUGAGAAUAGAAUAAUGAUGCUGAAAGAAGCUAAUACAAAACAGCGGCUGCAGUUCGAGAAAUCGGCUGAGGAACAGAAACGGGAAAACAGCAGUCUGAAGAAGCAGCUCCUGGCAGUAGAACAAGCUGCAUAUGACAGUCACGAGAGGGCCAAACGUCUACUUAAAGAGCUGAAACAGUUACAGGCGGAGCAUGCCAUACUUCGAAACCAGCUGAAGAGUCAGGAGGAGCUGGACAAGAGACAACAAGAAGUUAAUGAUGCUGUGAAAGAGUUAAAAGCUAAGGUGAAGUGGGAAAUCCAGAGCACCCUCCAGGAUCUGCACUGCUCUACGAAAGAUGAGCUUGAGGAGGAUGCGGAAGCUGCACUCGGACGCAAUCAAAGUUUUGGUUCUCAGCUAGAGAGUCUGAAGGAGAAUUUUCCCUUUACAGCAAACUCUGCGUCAGGAUCAGAAUUGGCAGACAAACUUGGGAGUAGCCAGGGUCACUUAUCGGUGGAACACUGGCGUGGAGAGGCACGAAGGGAAAAGCUCCGACAGCAAGAAGAUCGGCUGAAGGCUCAGCUCCAUCAGCAGAUGUGUAAGCAGGCAGAUGUUAUGAGCAGAGGUCGACUACAGACUGUUGGUUCUCUGUACAAUCUGAGGAGACAGGUCAAUGCUCUGGAUGAACUGGUCAGUAACAUAUCAACAGAUUCUUCAUUCCAUUCCCAGAAUUCCUCUGGUGCAACACAGUUACUGAGCGAAGAGACUCGUAGCCUGAAGGAACCAGUUAUUGGAGACUGCAAUGCUCAGUGGACACAGCAGGACAGGACAUCUUUCAGCUUGUUGCCACCUCCACCAUUAGAUAUCCAACUUGAUCAUAUUGACUGAGUGUAAAAGCUACUUCCAGAUCACAAUAUGGAGGAGCCAUUAUGAGCCUUACUCUAUCCAACUCUCCUAUUCUGUCUGCACUAAUCUGUAUAUAAGAAUUUAAUUUGUAUGUUUUUGUAUUUGAAUAUUUGUUUUUAUAAUGAAUAUUUUUCUACAUGAAGAUUAAAAUGUACAGAUGGAUCGUUUUAUAUUUCUAGAAAAUAAAUAAAACAUUGUACAAUUUCUAGAUGUUG